UCAGAAAUUUUUUGACAGUUUCACAGGUGAGCCGUCGUCCAGGGAGGCUAAUCCCGCUUCCCCGUUUCAGUUUUCCGGACCACAUUCGCUGUGAGCCUGGGGUUGCCACAGUCCAAAAACAGCAACUCGAAGUCCCAUCACUCCGGCAGCAUGAGCAAAAAGAAAAAGGACUGGAAGGUUGAGAAAGAGAGAUUGCUCCGUCUAGAUCAGGAGGAGAGACGUAAGGAUUAUCGUCGCCAUGAUUUCACAUCUCUGGACAAGAUUCCCAGCUGGAGACAGGCGAGCAAAGUGAGCAACAAAGAAGAAGGGAAGGAGCUCGACGGCGGCACACGUGUGAGCGACAAAGUGUCUCUCUACAAAGGAGACAUCACCAUCUUGGAGGUGGACGCCAUAGUCAAUGCUGCAAACUCCAGUCUUCUGGGAGGCGGGGGAGUUGAUGGCUGCAUACACAAAGCUGCAGGGUCCUGUCUUUAUGAUGAGUGCCACUCAUUAAAUGGCUGUGAAACCGGCAAAGCCAAGAUCACCUGUGGCUACGAUCUGCCUGCAAAAUAUGUGAUUCACACCGUUGGACCAGUGGCCAGAGGUCUUGUGGGCUUGUCUGAGACGAAGGACCUCACUUCCUGCUACCAGAACUCCCUCAUGCUGCUGAAGGAGCACGGCUUGAGCAGUGUGGCCUUUCCGUGCAUAUCCACUGGCAUCUAUGGCUUUCCCAACGAGCCCGCAGCUGACAUCGCUCUGAACACGGUGAAGAGAUGGAUCGAGGAGAACCUCGACAAGAUCACUCGAGUCAUAUUCUGUGUCUUCCUGGAAACUGACUUCACCAUCUACAAGAAGAAAAUGUCCGAACUCUUUCAAGGUGAAGAGGAAACAGGGAAUGAAGAAGAGGCCCAGAAGGACGCUGUGGGAAGUGCAGACGUGGAGAUGGAGAGUCCAAACCAAGACGAGGAUUCAGGCCAGGACGAAGCGAAUGCCCCAAAAGACAUAGACAAAAGUAACGACAAUGACGAAGAUGAAGACAAAGAUGCCGGCAACAACAAAGACAAGGACGAAAAAGCAGAGGAGGAGCAGCCUGCUGCAGAGAGGUGUGCAGAGGAGGAGGACGAGGAGGCGGCGGAGGAGGACACAGAGAAAUGCACAGUGGAGAUGGAAGAUAUCGCCAGUGUGAACGAGAGUAGCGCCAGCAACGGAGUGGAGAUGAAAGAUCAGGUUGAAAGCUUGCAAGAAUCUGAUUCAACUGCAACCGACAGCAUUCAGUCCAAAGAAACUCACGAGAAGAAAGAAUGAGCAACCAAGGGAAGGACAAUCAACCUCAUCUGACAGCCAGCAAACUGUGUGAAGGCCCCCAUACCAGUAUCAGACUAGCCUAUGGUGUUAUGGCCUCUGACACUGGCCCAGGAGAAGCACUUACUCACAAGAUAGUCACAUUCGCAAUUUUAUUUCAUAUUUCUUUUCCUCUUUGUUCUGAAAUCUGUCACGAAACGUGUCAUUCAUUCCCCAAGUAUGUACGUAUGUAUGUAUAUGUAUGUAUGUAUAAAACCUUACUAUAGGACUUGAACAUAUCAACCUAAAAAGAUGAGCCAUACCUCACUGUGUGUUGAAGACAUCCAUCAUACUGUCAGUCAUGUUUGAUGAGACAAACCAGAGUUAGCCUUUUUUUUUUUUUAAAUCAACAGAGAGUUGUUCCUUAUCCGACACGAGGGUCUAAGGACGGGAUGUUGUGUUGCUGUAAAGCCCCUUGAUGCAAAUAUGUAAUUUGUGGUAUUGGGCUAUACAAAUAAAACUUACUUGACCCAAUAUGAGAGCAUCAAGGAGCCGUCAGGGGACCGUUCAAGUCACAGACAGCAGCCACAGCUCCCAGACACUAGCGCUGCGGACUUGGCAAUGCUUAACAUCAUCCCAUCCUUGUUUUUCCUACCGACCCUACAAGCUCUCACCCUGACAUAACUGUCGUGAUGACACUUGGCGGUGGAAAUACCUGACAACCCCCCCCCCCCCCGCAUCCCAAAGCUCUUUCGGAGUGCAACACAAUGACACCUGCCAUGUCCUUUCACACAUCCACACAGAUCCCGCUUCAUUGUUUAGUCAAAUCAGCCAACACCCUGACACUAACACAGACCGAGGUCUCGAACGGCAGCGCGCUUCAAAACAACAGCGUUUCAUCUCAGAUCAUUACCGAUCACAUCAGAUCUCCACACAUGCUGAGCCUGGUUCAUUUCAGCAGGAAAAAGUUCAUCAGCUCCUACGCCUACUUGAGAGGAUGUUAAGCGUCUCGCUCCAGAAUCGAUUAGCUCUUCCUUUUGUAAUCUCUCUUUCUUUGUCGUUUCCGAUGCAUGUCAGAGUUGCUUUGAGCUUCACCAACACGAACAAGGAAUUGGGUCUUUUUGCUUUUGCUUGUAUCUUAACCAGAUUGUCUAGGAUCUUAUCAAAAGAAUCUGCCUUAUUUCAUAUCAGACGUCGCCGUCGCAGACAUGCAGAGGUGGUGUAAGUGCAUACAUACUCUUGGCUGUGUGUCCUUCGCAGAUGAUUUGUAACUUCAGAUGCAUCUUGUAAUGGCUAAUACCUGUUGUUAACAUUUUGUUCUUCUCUGGAUUGAUUAGCAAAAAAAGCAUUCUUUCAAAUUGUUGUGAUGACUCAUGACUUCUUUUAAGUGGUGCCAUACUAAAGAUGAAACGACACUUCUAUGAAAUGAUGCCUUCAUACUUUGAUGUUUGCUUUGCUAAACAAUAACGAAACCAACAAAUAAAGUUUAAGA